GCUGCUACUGGAAGGUAUAGUAAACGCAGAGCAAGUACUUCACAGUGGGCUACAACCUUACUUGUUACGCACGAUUGUUUUUGAUGAAAUUUUUACUUUGUUAAUCUUGCGGUUUAUAAAUCUUGGACUAUUUUUGUUUCUUUAGUUUUCUUUCUUUUUUAAGCACUGUUUAACGAUAAUCCUUCACUAUUAAUUUACAGAACUCGUCUACCAUUCGGCUCCAGAGUGCACCAAGCUGCUUCCACUGUGUUUCUGACUCGUCGGACAGGGGAUUCGCAGUUUCCAGCUGGAAAAACGAACGAAAGCGAUCGCCAUGGAGUCAGGAUCAACGUGUGCUGUCGACAGUGCCAGUGUUGCGAAGGGUGUUCGCUGCGGCUGCUGCACACUGCUGCGGCCACAGCGUCCUUCACGUCUGCUCUUCCUAACCGCUGCAUUCGUCAUCCUUGUGUUUCCACUGGGUGGGCAAGGUGAACUACCACCCCCUACGUCCGGGGGUGUGGCCGCACCGGCUUUUCUGCACGAGCCACCGGUACAGGUCGUGUUUUCGAACACGACCGGCGCCCUCGUCUCUUGCUCGGCGUCCGGGCAGCCCCGACCCGCUAUCGGCUGGGCAAACGAGAGUGGCUCUCCUCUGGAGCAUAUUCCCGGAUUGCGCCGUGUCAGGCCAGACGGGACGCUAGAGUUUUUCCCGUUUCGCGGAGAGGACUACCGCCAGGAGGUUCACGCAUCCCGGUACCGCUGCAGGGCCUCCAACACCCUCGGUUCUGUGUUCAGCCGAAGCGUCCACAUCAAGGCCGUGGUGCAGCAGCAGUAUGAGAUUCGUGUCUACGACGACUUCGUAAUCCGCAUGAACACCGGCGUCCUUCGGUGUCACGUGCCGAACUACGUCAGAGAAUACGUCGUCGUGACGUCUUGGGUCCGCAGCGACGGCUUCAUCAUUUCUGUGCAAGCCAUACCAGACGAGAAUUCCAAGUACGUGGCAUUUACGACCGGCGAGCUGCACGUUCGGCGCGCAGGGCCUGAAGACAGCCAUCACUCGUUCCAGUGCCAGACCAAGGACACGCUCACCGGUGCUGUGGUCAGCAGCAUCACGGCUGGAAAACUUGUCAUUACUGAGCCGCACUCCAGCAUUCCGGCCAAGGUGAUCCACUGGAGCCGCCAGGUGGAAGGACCUCAAGGCUCAGCAGUGUUCGUGCCGUGUGAGGCUCAGGGCCACCCGCAGCCUUCGUACCGCUGGUACCGCCAGUACGGCGCGCGACUGCGGCCACUGCUGCCCCUUACCGAGCCGGGUAUCGUGCUCGUCGGUGGUACGCUCGUGUUCCGUCGGGCUUCGGUCCAGGACAGCGCAACCUAUGUGUGCGUCGUCAGCAAUGGAGCAGGCGUAGAGGAAAAGAACGAGAUACAGGUCCUGGUCACAGAACCCCUGGAAGUACAAAUGUGGCCCAGAACCCGAGAGGUGCGGUCGGGCGACUCGCUGACCCUCAACUGCAGCGUCUCGGGCUUUCCCGUGCGAUCGGUCACGUGGUCCAAGGACGGACGGCCGAUCCUGGGUCCCUCCGCGGCGGGAGCCGCAACGUCGGCCGGCGGCGGCAGCGCUGCGUCACUGUCGCGGCGCGUGCUCAUGCUCAACCGGUACGCGCUGAGGAUACAGGCGGCGCAGAGCGACGACUCCGGCGUCUACCAGUGCCACGCGACGAACGAGAGGGACUCCUCGCAGGCGCACGCCUACGUCCACGUCAAGUCGGAACCACCCGUGCUGGUUUCACACUUUGACGAUAUCGUCGUAAGGCGGGACGAGCCAGUAUCCCUCCGGUGUGCAGCCACAGGAACCCCACUGCCCCAGAUAACGUGGUCUAUUUAUGACGUCCAAGUUCAGGACUCCAGCCGAGUCCGUGUCGGCGACUACGUGAGCCGGGAUGGGUCCGUGAUCAGCUUCGUAAACAUCACGAGAGUCAGGCCCGAAGAUGGCGGCGCCUACCGCUGCGAGGCGUCCAACGAACACGGUUCGGACGCCCACUCCGGUCGCCUGAACGUGCUCGGUCCACCAGCGGUGCACACGAUGCCUAAUCGAACAGUAGUGGCGGGACGCAGGGCGAUGUUGCACUGCCCGUACUCCGGAUUUCCCGUGACCAGGGUCAUCUGGCGUAAAGACGGGAAAAGCCUGCCCAGCAGUAAACGUGUGAUGCCGUACCAGAACGGCUCCCUCGUACUGGAGACCGUAAGCCGCAAGGACGACGAAGGGCGCUACUCCUGCACGGUACGCAACGAGCAUGGCAGCGAAGCCCGGAACCACCUCUACCUCAGGGUUCUCGUGCCGCCCUCGAUCACGCCCUUCUCGUUUCCGGAGAAACCUCAGCUGGGCUCUCGCGCCAGCGUUACCUGCAGCGUGCCCGACGGCGACCCGCCCAUACGUCUGUCGUGGCUUCGCGACGGCGUGCCCUUGGACUCGUCUCCGUCGGCCGGAAGGGAAGGCGUCUCGUUUGGUCACGUGGACGACUUCAUCUCCACACUGGUGUUUAAGUCCCUGCGCGAGGAGCACACUGCAGUGUACACCUGCCUGGCUGCUAACGAAGCCGCCGCUGUCAACUACUCUGCUCCGCUCGUUGUCUAUGCACCACCAAGAUGGCGGCUGGAGCCCGCAGACACGACAGUAACGACGGGCGAGCGAGUGACCCUGGACUGCCAGGCCGACGGGACCCCUGAACCUAGGGUUCGUUGGAAGAAGUCGGCAGGACCUCAAAGCGCCGAAUUCCGCACCGUUAUAAGUAGCUCUCGCAUGCAAGCACUGGUGAACGGAUCCCUCGUAAUCCAAGAAGUUGAGACCUCGGAUGCCGGCGGCUAUAUGUGUGAAGCCUCGAACGGCGUCGGUCUGCCCCUUUACACCGUGGUGCAGGUUAAUGUCCACGCUCCAGCCAAAGUAAGGCAGCGCUUCAUGUCCCACAUGGCGGGAAGGGGACAAGUGGUGAAGCUUCGUUGCGAAGCCACGGGAGACGAACCCAUCAGCUUCUUUUGGUCAAAAGACAGCAAGCCCAUCAAAGCAUUCUCCAUUCCCAGGUACACCAUCAAAGACCACUCCCGCGAAGAGUCUCCCUGGUCCGAGCUGAUGAUACUGCUCGCCGAGAAGAACGACACCGGCACCGUCAAAUGCGAGGUCUCCAACGCCUACGGGCACGACGAGCAGGUGACACACCUCUCCAUACAAGACAGGCCCGAUGAGCCCCCCAGGCCGGAAGCGCUGAACGUGCUCAGCCGAUCUGUGACCGUUUUGUGGAAAAGUCCCAGCGACGGGAACUCGCCCAUCACCAAGUACAUCGUACAAUACAAAAGGAGCAUCGAGUCUUGGGAGAAGCAGCUGAGCGAAAUGGUUGCCGAGGCUGACCAGAGCCAGGUGACUGUACAGGACCUGCAUCCACUCACAGAGUACAACUUUCGGGUUCUCGCUGAAAAUGCCAUUGGUAUCGGGCCGCCCAGUGAGGCAUUGACCGUCAUCACUGAUGGCGAAGUGCCUGCAACUCCACCACAAAGCGUGAAAGUGACGGCAGUCAGCUCAAGAAAAGUACAAGUAUCGUGGAAGCCACCGCCGGUGCACCUGCAGUACGGCGAGAUUCAGGGAUAUUACGUGGGCUACCGCGUGCACGGCUCCACCGAGCCGUACGUCUUCAAGACUGUCACCGGCACCUCGUCUUCGCCGGGAAAGCCCGUCACACGCUGCGUGGUGGACAACCUGCAGCGCGCCACUGCCUACGCGGUCGUGGUGCAAGCGUUCAACGACAAAGGGGCGGGACCACUCUCCGACGAGAUCAUGGUGCAGACGCACGAGCAGGAUCCACCCCCACCACCUCUGGUCACCGUAGCAUCCAGAACGACCGACUCCAUCGAACUGUCCUGGACGCCACAGGAUGAAGGAAAAGAAGUCGUCGAAGGCUACGUUGCCCGCUACCGCACACAGGAAGGGCUCGAGUGGAGCGAAGUUUCCAUAAGUCCCGAGAAGCGGAGCUACCUGUUUGAAGGCCUGCAGUGUGGCAGCACAUAUUCUUUGUCUGUACUCAGCUUCAACCGCAACGGACGCAGCGAGCCCGAAGAGCUACUCCAAGUCAAAACAGAGGGAACAGCACCCCAGGCUCCUUCGCCAAAGACGGCUGUACUGCCCAACGUGACGAGCCUAGGCUUGGUGCUGGCCGCUUGGCGUGACGGCGGCUGCCCCAUCAGCCACUUCCUGGUUCAGUACCGGCCGCGUGACGAACUGGACUGGACGCUUCUGUCGUCGCGGGUGAUUCCCGACCGAGACGUGGUGUUCCUCGGAGACAUGGCGCCAGGAACCUGGUACCAACUGCUCGUGGUCGCCUACAACAGCGCGGGCUCCACCAAAGCCGAGUACACCGUCGCCACGCUAACGCUUGCAGGAAAUCCCCUAGAACCGGACAAAAUAUCGGAGGCUGGACGCGACAGCGGCAGUCCUCGGUACCGCAGCUUGUCCAUCAUCGUGCCCAUCUGCUGUUCCAUCAUUGUCCUUAUGGCCGUCACUGUAGCCAUCAUGGUGCUCGUCUGCCGAAGAAGAUCUUCCGGAACACCUCCAUCAGCCAUCAGUACCUAUGAGGGUGUGCGCAUGUGCGAGGAUCUCAAGAUGGACUCGCUCAUCAUGUCGGAGCUAGAAAAGCCUCGCGGAGGCUGCGGCGGCGGAAGUGGCGACACCGGCAGCCGCGAGUACUACCCGUCGCCGUACGCGUCGUCCAAGCUGCCCGACAUCUCCCGUCGUGGCAGCGCAGGCGACGACGGCGAUGAGCCUUGCCCUCGGGCCAUGGCCGCCGCGGGUGUCUCCAUCUCGCCGUACGCCUCGGCCAGGAUGGUCGAGCACACGUACGACGUGCCACAACAUCCGCGAGACGGCUCGAAAUCCCAUGCAUUUAAAAGUGAUCUUAAGCAUACUUUAUGUAACGACAAGCUCCAAAGUCACAUAGAGUUGUGCAAAAAGGAGCAAUACUAUCAGCGGCUCGCUGGUAAAGGACGCCCGUCGGCGUACGGUUAUAGCGGCUGUCAAGAACCCAUCAAUCACUCGUCGGGCACCGCUUACCGCUGGUCCGAGCCCGGCGAGUCCGACCGGCCGGACAGGUGGUGUUUAAGUGAAAGAGACUUGCACUUGAGCGCUUUUCACGCGCCUUGUACUGGAGGAAAUAUGCCUGAGUUUAAUGAAAUAUCGGACACCGAGUGUGAUCGGGACCUGGAGCGACUUGAGCAGGCAGAGAUGAAAUACCGCUCGUCGCUCCAGCGGCACAGCUUGUACGCAUCUGUCCAAUAGGAAUGGAACGAAAGGAACGGGAAGACCACCGACGGGGCCUCAAUGUUUUUUCAUAUCAGCGUGACUUCUCCAUUGCCUUGACACCAGCGAGAUAAUCAAAAGUAAAAAAAAAAAUGCUGCACAGCUCCUAAAGAAAUGCGCAUCUUUAUACCGCGAAGUAACGCCGCUCCAUGAGCGCAUAUUUCUACAAAUGUUGCACCGUUUUUGUCGUUAGAGUACACGCCACUACGCUCGUAACUUCGCCAAUUCCAGCCCCUACGCAUGCGCAGAGGAAGAAAAGAAGGCUUUGGGCAGCAAGGGCAAUAACCCGGAGAAUCGGGCGAGUUGAUGUUUCGGGCCACAGCUUUAAAUAGCGAAAGAGAACACGCGCAACCUGUGAAGCAGAGCAGACACUUAAAUGCUCCUUUGCGUGUUUGGAUUUCUUCAUUGUCACGUAUUGUGUCUUUCUUUUUCCGCUUGACAAUUAAGGUUUUUCUGGUUCAUCUUGUCUAUGUUGUGGCGAUUUCGUAUUGCCACAACCGCCCCACAGUAUUGUUCCACAGACGAUCUUACGAAAACAGCAAGGGGGGGGGGGGGGGGCGAGAGAAGCAUGCAUUUCUUUUUAAGUAAUCGUGGAUCGGAUAAGUACGCGUGGCCCGCGCACUCCAUUGGCGUCUGUUAACCGAUGGGAGCGCCCGUUCUCCUGCCGAGUAAAGGUUCAUAUUCUUGUUUCAAUAUUACCAGAAAUUUGUCCCCGAGCGCAGUGGCCUGUACGCUUUCGGCGGAAGCGGUGCAUACCAACAAUGGGUGUAAGCGAAGAGUGCACAAGCACAUGUACAUAGACCGUGGUUUCUAAUCUGCAGGACCACAUUGCGCAUAUAGUAAAUUUCCGGCGAGCCGGAGUAAUGUUUUGUACAGUAACAAAAAUUCUAGGAAUGGAUGAAAAAAAAAAGCAGAGCGCAAGAGUGGCAAGAAGUUGAAUACAAGGACUCAGUCUGCUGCAUUACAGCGUGGCUGAGGCAUAUCGUAGUUGUUGCAAGCCCGAUCAGCUGCGUGGAAAGAUAAACAUGUAGUACUUGUUUUCUAUAGACCUAAAAGAGAUAAUGUAAUAAUGUUAUCACUCUAAUUUUUUUUUCACCGACAAUUACUUUCGCACAGCUAUAGCCGGCAAUGCCACGUGCAUAGACUUUUCCCCCAUUUCUCUAGGGUUUCCGUUUAUCUAGAAUUACCUGCAGCAAGUCCCGCGCGCGCGAUGCUGUGUAAAACUGCCAGAAGACGAGAAGGUACGACAUAUAUUUGUACAUAAUAAGAACAUGUGGAAUAGAUUUGAAAUAAAAAGGCACAUGCAA